AUGACUGGGAGGCGAAAGGAAGUACCAGGAAUGAGCGAAGGGGGCGUUUACAGCGGAGAAGAGUCCACUGACAACUGCUUGAGGCCGUCUCGAAGGCACUCAAGCCCAAGUUGUCAACACGGGGCAAAAUUAUUCGAGGUUUUCGCGUCUAUCGCGUGCGGUAGGAGGGGACGCGCCGGGCCAGCUGGGGACCGGAGCCGUCAGGGGCCUCGCGCGCGACAGCCCAGGCAAGGGGCGCAGGGAGGAGAAGGCUGCAGGCCCCACACUCACGGUGGCCGCUCCCAGUCACACUCCGAUUACGCUCGGCGCCCGAGCCCCACCACACCGCUGGGACCCUUCCCCACCUGUGCCCCGCGGACGACUCUCGGCGCUUCCGAAAACGUCACGUCCGGCACCCGCCCCGCCCCGCCCCCUGCCGCUGGUCUGGGACUUACGUUCUCCAGAACUUAG